GAAAAUUUUAAAGAGAGUAUUUUUUAAAUCAAUGAUAAUUUGUGUGAUUAAUAAAAAAUGAUUUUAUGUAAACGAAUCUUAUUAAUCUAAAAGUAACACUUUUAUUAUUUAUUGGGUACAUUUUAUAAAAUUUUUACAAUAAAUUAUGUUAAAUCAUAUCUUUAAAGGAUUUUAAUUAUAAAAUGGGUAAGUCUAGGAAAAAAAGGUCUAAACCUUCCCCUGAUCAUACCAUAGAUACAGAAUCUCCUAGAAUCCUGGUUAUAAGAAGGGGGUCGGUUAAUCAUGAAAUAAAACAAUUGGCCCAAAAUUUGAGGCUAAUUUUAUCUCCUAAUUGCGCCGUUCGUUUAAAGGAAGGAUCAAGGCAAAGGUUAAGGGAUUUCACAAGUGUCACCGAUGUUCUAGGUUUAACUCACUUAAUAGUUUUAUCUCAAGGUUCAGAAAGUUCAUAUUUGAAGAUCGCAAACCUUCCCAGUGGACCUACAUUCACUUUUCAGAUUAAUAAGGUUUCACUUAUUUCUGAUAUUUCCAAACACUAUACAAACCCUCAGUCAUUUGACUCCUCAAAUUACUCCCCCCUUUUAGUACUAAAUGGAUUUUCAAAAUCAUCAUUUAAAGGCUCAGAUGAAGAUGAAACAAAAGAUGAAUCCUCCAGAUUUGACAAAGCCAUGACCCGCGUCACUGAAACUUUAAAUAAGAUGAUCGCCCCUGUCGACCUUUCCACAACUAAGAUACAAAACUGUAAGAGGGUGGUUCUCUUUCAUAAACAGAAGGACGGAACUAUUGUUCUAAGGCACUACUCGAUAAAUCUAGUAGACUGUAACACUCAAGCUCAAGUUAAGGAUCUUUUAACGAGGAAAACAAUGAAGAAUCUGAUUAGCGAAACGUCUGAUUUUGAGGAUAUCACUAAUAUGCUGUCAUCAGAUUCUACUUUGAGCAAGAAUUCUAAUUUUGACAGCGACACCGACGAAAUUGUUGAACUCGAUAACAUUUUAUCUCAGAAUAUUAUCGCUAAAAAUAAAUACGGAGUUGACUUAGAGCCUAGCGAGACCUCAGAUACAAGAAAUAAAAUCGGCAUAAGACUAGUUGAAAUUGGUCCUAGGGUUCAAUUAACUCUUAUAAAGCUUGAGAAUGAUGUGUUUACUGGCCCAGUCAAGUACCACAAGUUCGUUAAGAAAACCCCCGAGGAAUUGGAGGAGAACAAGAAGCUGGAGCCUGCAAUAGUGAACAAGAGGAAGCUCGAAUCUGAGCGAGUAAUGAAAAUAUAUGAAAAGUAUGUAAAAAAGUCCAAAGAACCAGGUGAGAGGGAUUCUGAGAAUGAACAGAAGGCUCCAAAAGAAAAGAAAAGAAAGAAAUAGUUUUAAAUUUUGUUCUCUCUUUUCUAUGUGUAAAAUAAAAUCCUGGAAGAUCAACAGUAUAGCCCAUGGGGUGGCAACGACUAAUCGCAAAA